AUGUCACUGAUAUUUGCUCUGUUAUUUCAGAUGUGGAAGGCAACCGCAGGCCACACCAUCUCUGUCAGCCAGGAUGAUGGCGCUGAUGACUGGGAGACAGAUCCUGACUUUGUGAAUGAUGUGAGUGAAAAGGAACAACGCUGGGGUGCUAAAACUGUGCAAGGAUCUGGCCACCAAGAACACAUUAACAUUCAUCAACUGAGGGAGAAUGUAUCCCAAGAGCACAAGUCUCUGAAGGAGAAAGAACUUCUAACAGGACCAAAAGCUUCUCAUGGCUAUGGUGGGAAGUUUGGUGUGGAACAAGACCGCAUGGACAAAUCAGCCGUUGGUCAUGAAUAUCAGUCUAAGCUUUCUCAGCACUGUUCUCAGGUGGACUCGGUUAAAGGUUUUGGUGGGAAGUUUGGCGUGCAAGUUGAUCGGGUUGACCAGUCUGCUAUGGGAUUUGAAUACCAGGGAAAAACAGAGAAACACGCUUCUCAAAGAGACUAUUCAAGUGGAUUUGGUGGGAAAUACGGAGUACAGGCUGACAGGGUAGACAAGAGUGCAGUGGGAUUUGAUUACCAAGGAAAAACAGAGAAGCAUGAAUCACAGAAAGAUUAUUCCAAAGGUUUUGGUGGUAAAUAUGGUGUGGACAAGGAGAAAGUGGACAAAAGUGCUGUUGGGUUUGAGUACCAAGGCAAAACUGAAAAGCAUGAAUCACAGAAAGACUAUACAAAAGGCUUUGGUGGAAAGUUUGGUGUACAGACAGACAGACAAGACAAGUGUGCGCUUGGCUGGGAUCACCAGGAAAAAGUACAACUGCAUGAAUCUCAGAAAGACUAUAAGAGUGGUUUCGGAGGGAAAUUCGGUGUUCAAACUGAGAGACAGGACCCAUCAGCUGUGGGGUUUGACUACAAGGAGAAGCUAGCGAAACACGAGUCGCAGCAAGACUAUUCCAAAGGAUUUGGAGGAAAAUACGGUGUGCAGAAGGACAGGAUGGAUAAGAAUGCAUCAACUUUUGAAGAUAUUGAGAAAUUGUCUUCAACGUACCAGAAGACCAAGCCAGUGGAAGCUGCGAAUGCCAAAACCAGCAACAUCAGAGCUAACUUUGAAAAUCUAGCAAAGGAUAAAGAGCAGGAGGACAGAAGGAAGGCGGAAGUUGAAAGAGCUCAAAGAAUGGCCCAGGACAAGCAAGAACAAGAGGAAGCUAGGCGGACACUGGAAGAACAAGCCAAAGUCAAGAAACAAACUCCUCCUCAAACUCCCACCCCUCAGCCAGUGGAAGAAAAAGUGCCUUCCAGUCCCGUCUAUGAGGAUGCUGUUUCCCUUGAGUCUGGCUACAAGAAUUCAAACACUAAUUACUCAACUGUACAUGAGCCAGAAACCAAUAGCAAAGCUGAGGAAUCUGACUAUCAAGAAGCGAUCAGUCAGCGGGAACCGCAGUAUGAAUCUGAGACAGUUUAUGAAGUGGCCGGGGCAGGAAACCAGUAUCAAGCAGAUGAAAAUACUUAUGAGUAUGAAAAUGACCUUGGAGUAACAGCAAUAGCUCUCUAUGAUUAUCAAGCUGCUGGUGAUGAUGAGAUUUCCUUUGAUCCUGAUGACAUCAUCACUAACAUUGAAAUGAUCGAUGACGGCUGGUGGAGAGGAGUGUGCAAAGGCAGAUAUGGGCUGUUCCCUGCUAAUUAUGUUGAGCUGAGGCAAUAGGAAAUAAUGUCUGCCAUUUAUGCCUUAAUACCGUGAUCAUUCACCUGAUUUAUUACACUACAAAUCAUGUUCUUUUGGGGUGGGUGGAUGCAGGGGUCUAUACAUAUUCCUUUUAUAUUUAAGAUACUUUGCUGAUGCUUUUACAAAUGUUUUUGGGCUCAGAAAUCGCUAAUAUAUUGCAACUCUUACGUUCCCCACUACAGCCUGUUACCAUAGGUUUUUAAUGCAUUUUGAAAAUUGGGCUUUCCUGAUUCUUUUGCCAAAUUGGUGGUGGUGGUCAUAAUUUCUUUCAAGGAGUUUUUAGCUCUUUCUGACAGUGAUGCAUGUUUCAUUUUGUAUCUGUGCGUGUACUGAAUUCCCAAGUGAUUAUGUCCAGCUACACUUGUAUCAAACAUUGUCCGUUUUCCAGAUCUUAGCUGUGCAAGCUUAUAUUGCAUUUCCCUUUAUAGGGAACACUGCCAGUAAGAAUGGGGGAAGAUAGUAGGAAGCCCUGAGAGUUGCACUGACGGCAAUUACUUAACAGGAAAAGUUCUUCUUUUUAAAAAUAUUGAUAAUAGGAAGGAUGCAGUGCAGGUAUUAUUUUUUUCUCGUUUUCUUGAGAAGUAACUGUGCAAACCAGCAGAAAGCUCUCUUGGGCAUCUCAUUUCUGGUGGGACUCAUCCAAAAGACGUUCUCCUUAGGCCAGGCCAUAAGCAUUUGCUACCCAUUUAUACCCACUUCAAGAGAGGCCUCCGACAACGUAACGCAGGUUCUGCUUGUGUCACUUUUCCCAGAAGGCUUUUUGACCCAGGUUUGUUUAGAAGUUUCUAUUGUUGUCAACUUGAAGAGACCCACUUGUCUCCCUUGGACCCUUUUGCUGGCCUUCAGGCCUGUGCUGCUGCUUGCAGAUCAUAGUGCCGCUAUGAGCAGUGGAUUGUGUACAUGCAUCAUGGUUUCUACAGAUAUUGUUUUAUAUGAUUUGGAGGGAGGGAAAGACUGCUGUGUAGCAAAACUGUUAUGCAGCCAUAUAUGUUUGAGUCAAGGAAUGUUAAUAAGAGUAGCUUAAAACCAUGGAGAUAAUCUCUACUUCUAAGCAAUGUGCAGAAAACUACCACGUUUUUAUAUGUUCAGCUGAAACUGCCAGUAACACUUGGAAUAAGCAGUAUAGGUAUCACUGCCUUUUGCCAAAAUGUGAAGCUGAAGCUCAUGCCACUCCAUUAACAGAAUAGAAUUUAAAAAAAAACUAGUUAUUAAUUUUCACCAAUAAGCAUCCCUACCAAAGACGUGUGUUCAGUGUGUGUCUUGUCCAUUUCUAUUUGAAAGGAGAAUUUCAGGGAGGAACUGAACAAGAAAAAAAAAGUUGUGGGGAGAGAGAGACUCUUAAUCAAGCCCAGUGGAAUAUAAAAACCUUUCUAUCAAAUGGCAGUGUACAGUGUAUCUAGGAAGAAGACAUGGGCUGGGGAAAAAGAGGAGGGGGAAUUGGCUAGUUGGGACAAUCUUCAAGAAGAAUGUCAUUUUUACUGUAUUAUCUUUCCCACUGGUUCCUUUCUGUCUCACCAUUGCAUUAAUAGUAUUAUGUUGGGUUGGGCUGGAUUUUAUAUGCAGUUUACCUUACCCAGUUUUGCAUAGGACACCUCAUAGGAUACAUGAUUCUUGUAUUUCUUUUUCUUUUUUUGUAAAUUAAAUAUUCAAAUAAACUUUUGGAACCAUUUG